UUAUGAACCAGACCAACAAAUAAUUUAUCGAAAUCGGCCAUAUUUGUUGUUUACAUUUGCUUCGAACGCUUUGAGGUCGGAACUGGGAUGGGAAAGUCGGAUAAGUGCGACUUCCCACCUUACGCGAAUGCAGCACUUAGCCGUGGAUGGAAAUAGGAAAGAAGAAAGAGGCCAUGUUUAGUUAUAACAGCGACGAAGACAGACUUCAGCAGAAAUUACACUACAGGUUAAUAAGAUGGUUCACUCUAAGUGAGUGAACGUAUGAUCUCGGCGAAGGGAGUCCGAGGCGUGUUAUUGUUUCCUCCUUGUUAAGUUACCUAGCUGACAUGACUUCGGUGACUCAGCGGAGUUCGGGCCUUGUACAGAGGCGAACCGACGCCUCUCGGAACGCCGCUGACAAAGACCGUCCGACGGUUAAAGAAGACCAAGAGUCGAGACCCGGAGAAGAGCACGGUGAUGAAGAAAUCGGGGACUCCAAAGAAACGCGCCUCACUUUGAUGGAAGAGGUGCUAUUAUUGGGACUAAAAGACAGAGAGGGAUAUACAUCAUUCUGGAAUGACUGCAUUUCAUCUGGGUUACGAGGCUGCAUGUUGAUCGAGCUCGCUCUGCGCGGUCGUCUUCAGUUGGAAGCCUGUGGCAUGCGGAGGAAAGGUCUUCUUGCCAGAAAGGUGAUUUGUAAGUCAGACGCUCCUACGGGUGACGUACUUCUGGAUGAAGCAUUAAAACACAUCAAAGAGACCCAACCACCAGAGACUGUACAGAGCUGGAUCGAACUACUCAGUGGAGAGACAUGGAAUCCGCUGAAGCUUCAUUAUCAGCUGAGGAAUGUCCGUGAAAGACUCGCCAAAAAUUUGGUGGAGAAAGGUGUUCUUACCACUGAAAAGCAGAAUUUCCUGCUUUUUGAUAUGACCACACACCCACUUACGAACACUAACCUCAAACAGCGUCUCAUCAAAAAGGUCCAAGAGGCGUUAUUGGAUCGGUGGGUGAAUGACCCACAUCGAAUGGACAAGCGAGUUCUCGCGCUCAUCUUCUUAGCCCAUUCCUCUGACGUCUUGGAAAACGCCUUUGCACCGUUGCUAGAUGACCAGUACGACAUGGCAAUGAAAAGAGUACGGCUGCUGCUGGAACUGGAGCCCGAAAGUGAAAGUCUUAAGGCCAACACAAAUGAGCUUUUAUGGGCUGUAGUCGCUGCUUUCACCAAAUGACACAACAAUGACGACAGCGAGCAUGAGGCAACAUAGUUUGGGAACAUUGUGUUUGUCAAGGAAUCAGGAAUACUGCCUUCGCCAUUAGGGACCUGACUAACUAUACUCUGUCUGGAUCUCGCCUUGAUUUCAUACCAUGGUCAUGUAUGUCCCUCCCUGUAUUUGAAGGAACAUGCUUACAUUUUGCUCAUGAUCCCUUUCAAACUUAAAAUGAGAGCAUUUGUGAAUUGGUCAACACAGGAAUCUUGUCUGUGGUUAGUGUUUGCUUUGGUUUGUGUCCAAAUGUCAAACGUUAUUUUUUUUAUUAAAAAAAUUAUUCUUGCUCCUCCAUGUAUGCACUAAUGACAGUCUCAAGAAUUCAAUGCCCGACUGUGAUGUGAGGGAGUGGAUUGGAACAGGGUCGUACAUUGUCAGUGGCCCGGGGCCACGACGCGACAGCCUCGGGCCACUCAAAGUUCACUGAUGGUCUGCCUUGAGCAGUACCAGUUUCAUAAAUAAAUACAAUGGAAUC